CAAAAUUAUUUAUUGUUAAAUUUGUAAAUAUUUUCUGAAGUUACUAUUUUAACAAAAAUAUUUUAGCACCUCCAUCACAAUACCCAUAAGUUAGUGUAAGGCCAUUUCACCCAAGCAUGAAAAAAAAAUCUUAAGAUAAUGAUUAUAUUAUUAAGUCUUUGCUCUAAAAAAAAAAAAAUUAUUAAGUCAGUGUCGCGAACUCAUUUGUUGAACCAUCAAGUCAUUAUCACAAGAAAAAAGAACCAAUGAACCACCAUACAACAAACUUACAAACAUAAAUAUGAUUAAUUAACACCAAAAUCUGGUAAUAAUCUUAGCUUUAUAGUAGCUUAAUAUAUAUUGCAUGGUUUGCUUAAUUGGUCUUUUGUUAGUAGAUCCCACUCUCACCGUUAAAAGGAAUGUAUGAAGAAGAACCUUGCUUAAAAGACACGAGAUCUAAGUAUUAAGAUGAGUGUACCACAAAAUUAAUCCUAACAUUUUUUGGACAUUAUAUAAAGUCCUUCUUCAACAACCAGUUGGUAGUAAAGCUUUAAGCUUACCUUGCAUUAAAAGUGAUACAAAGAAAAACAAACAAACUACUACUACUGUUACACAUUCCACAUUUUCGAUCAUCAAAUUUUGUUUACAUUCGUAUAGUAGUUUUUGUUUUAGAAUUUUAGAUCUUAGGCAAAGAGUCGAGGAACUCGAAAUCGUUAUAUAUUCAAGAACGAUUGAUGAUCAAAGAAGCUAUAUAAAUCACAUUUUUGACAAGACCAUUGUUUUUUAGAGCUGCAUAUAUAUACAGAAAUGAGGAGUCUUAUUAUAGCAUUUUGCCUUGUGACAUUUCUGUCUUAUGCAGCUGCAUAUGAUCCCUUGGAUCCAAAUGGGAAUAUAACAAUCAAAUGGGAUGUUAUGUCAUGGACCCCUGAUGGUUAUGUGGCAACGGUAACAAUAAACAAUUUCCAAAUGUACCGCCACAUAGGCAAUCCAGGGUGGCAAUUGGGUUGGACAUGGGCCAAAAAAGAGGUAAUAUGGUCCAUGGUAGGAGCCCAAACAACCCAACAAGGAGACUGUUCCAAAUUCAAAGGGAACAUUCCUCAUUGUUGUGAAAAAACCCCAACAGUUGUGGACCUUUUACCAGGGGUACCCUACAAUCAACAGAUUGCCAAUUGUUGUAAGGCUGGUGUCCUUAAUGCGUGGGGCCAGGACAAAGAUGGGUCAGUUUCUCAGUUUCAGAUUAGUGUUGGGCAGGCUGGUACUACUAAUAAGACUGUUAAGUUGCCCAAGAAUUUUACCAUGUUGGGCCCAGGCCCAGGUUAUACUUGUGGGCCUGCUAAGGUUGUUCCUUCUACUAAUUUCUUGAGUACGGAUCGGCGUCGUAAAACUCAGGCAUUGAUGACAUGGAACGUGACCUGCACCUACUCACAGUUUCUGGCGAGGAAAUACCCAUCUUGCUGCGUCUCCAUGUCAACUUUCUACAAUGAAACUAUCACCCCAUGUCCUACUUGCGCCUGUGGAUGUGAACAUAAGAAAAAUUGUGUCAAGAGUGAUUCAAAAAUUCUGAGUCCCACAAAAGUGAAUUCGCGGAGGAAAGAAAGCUCCUCAUUGCUUCACUGCACCCAUCACAUGUGCCCAGUUCGGGUGCACUGGCAUGUUAAGGUUAACUACAAAGACUAUUGGCGCGUUAAGGUUAGCAUCACCAACUUCAAUUAUCGAACAAACUACAGCCAAUGGACUCUUGUUGCUCAGCACCCUAACCUGAACAAGGUUACUGAAGUCUUCAGCUUCAACUAUAAACCUCUUGUUCCCUUUGGAUCGAUAAAUGAUACUGGGAUGUUUUACGGGCAAAAGUUCUAUAACGAUCUUCUGAUGGAAGCCGGACCAUUAGGUAAUGUACAGUCUGAAGUCCUAAUGCAGAAAGAUGAGAACACUUUCACCUUCAGGCAAGGAUGGGCAUUCCCUAGGAAAGUUUACUUCAACGGAGAUGAAUGCAGGCUUCCUGCACCUGAUACAUACCCUUUCUUGCCAAAUUCAGGACUUAAACCAUCAGUCUCAGUUUUCACGAUGAUUUUGUCAUUUGUCCUGCUAAUCUUCAGCUGUGGCAUAUUUUCUCAAUUUUGAGCAUUGUAAUAGUUGACAUAAAAAUAUCAGAUGGGGAAAUAUAUUUCCAGAAUACGAGUAGUAUUGGAAAAUCAGGCAUAGAAAAUUCAUUUCUCGUUUUGAACAAGGAUCUGAAUUCUGCAAUAUGUAAAGCAUCUGGUACAUGCUAAUUUUGAGCAAUGAUAACAUGAUGGGAAGUAUAAGUUAGAAUUAA